UUUUGAGGGGUUCUGACAUCUGCCAAACUUUGCGUUGCUCAUGUCGCUCUGGGCUCCUCCGCUGGCGCCGCUCUGGCGCCACUCCCCGCCCGCGCCGCGCGCGCUGAGAGCGCCGCGCGCGCUGAGAGCGCCGCGCGCGCUGAGAGCGCGGAAGGUCCGCCGAGAGCCCCAGACCGAGACCCCCGCAUAUUAUUUGCUGUGGUCCCCGGGCAUGUGCAGGAGGACAGCGCUCUGCUUUUUGGGCGCUCUGGCAUUUCGGCUCAGCGGCUUCUCCGCCUUGCUGCAUCUGCCCAUGGUGAAGGCGGCCAGGCAUCUCUACCACGCGGUUUUGGCGUUGCUGGGCAGCGCCUGCUGCGCACUGCAGCUGCUAUUGAAUGCGCUGGGUGCGGGCUGCGGGGGGUUCAACAAGCACCUGGGUCCCAUGCGCCCGCUCUUCCUGGGCCUCCUGUUGGCCUCCAUGACGACCCGGCCCAAGCCCUUCCAGGUGCUGCUCCAGCUGUCCAUCGCCUUCCUCCCGGAGAUGGUCCAGCUGCGGAACCUCACAGUCCACCGCAAAACCCGGAAGCUGAAACCGACGCUGGAGGUGGAGCUGGUGCUACCCACCAUGGGCUGCGUCGCCUGCAUCAACCAGGUGAACCGCACACUGCGGCAGCUGCCGGCAGUGGUGUCGUCUGAGGCGUGGCUGGACGUGGGCGGUGGCCGCGCCAAGGUGCGCUGCGACGCUGACAAGGCCGGGGGCGCGGCCAAGGCCACGCAGCGCAUGCGUGAGGCCAUGAGUAAGGCUGGGUUCGAGGAGUGCACGGUGGAGUCCGUCCGCGAGAAGCACUGAGCGAGCGGCGAAUGUCCGCGUGUUCCGAAUGCUUGGGCAGCCCAGAAAGGACAUAUCCGCAACCGUAUUGCGUGCCAGGACUCGUGCGGUGACGGGCGAGAAUCCCCAAGAGGAGGAAGGAGAAGUAAAACAAGGAGGGGAACGAUAAGAAGAUAGAUAUGCCCUGCCUGCCUCACUGUUUCAGCUCGCGAGUUGUUUGUUUAGGAGACGGGUGGCGUCAUCUACAAUUUUCACGGACCGAUGGCAGGCCAUUGUCCUCGCCCAUCACAUUCGUGUUCGAAACCUGGCGAGCACAGGUACAGGGCAAGUGUACCAGGGUGGUCCUUGUGCCGCCGAG